AUGCCGGGCGUGCAUCCCGUGUGCUGCACGCUGCUGCCGCCGCCGCCGUCGAGCGAGAGAGGCGCAGUGCGUCGGGGCGCCUUCGACGCGGCAUGCGCCGCCACCGGACGCACACCCCCUGUCUCCAGCGAGCGUGUGCAAACUCAUCAUCUGAAAUCAUCACAAAACAAACAGAAUGUGCAAGAUGAAAUUACAGACCUUAAACAAAUCGAUUUCGUGCCGAAACAAGCGAAAACGAAAUGCAGUCGUCCACGUCGAUGCAAUCAGACUGGAAUUCAUUCCGUUUGGUUUCAUGGUCUCAUGGUAAUCCGAUUGAUUAAAAAGGAGAAUCAAAUUGAUCUAUGACAUCAAAAAUUACUUCAUUUGAUCAAAUAUGGAGUAAAACAACAUGAUGCGCACUGAACACGUGACCUGAGGCAGGGGGUAUUGUUAAAUAACGUAACAAUAACGAUUUAAUUUAAAAAUUACGAAUUAUUAAACAACCUGGACGUUUUUAAUUAAUUUGUUUUUCCGCAUCGACACCACAUCCAAAGCACGCGUUAAAUUACACGCAGUAAACUAAUUUUAUUAUUGUCGUCGGAGAUCUAAUGCGGAGUUUAGGUGGGCCGUAAACGUAAUAAUAAAGUGUUUGUGAUUAUCAAAGUGUAAAGUGUGAUUGUGUGAACAAAGCUCAAAGACAUCCAGGAAGCGCAAAAAACGGAUAUUUCAUUAAACACCUAACGGGAUUCAACGUCUCUAAUCGGAUCAAUACUCAAUCAGAUUUUCAAGUUUUAACUACAGUUAAGGAAGGUGAAAUGAAUAAUUCUCAACAUUCCUGAGUUAUCCAUGAAAAAAAGGUUAUAUUUUUAACGCGCGAAAGCGACAUACAUGCAAGCGAUGCGACGCAGACUGGUUUGGUUAGUUUUCGGGCAUGCUCUAGUAGUAGUAGGGGAACACGAUGGCUGACGCAGGUCGCACUCCAGUCGUGCUGCAUCAGGGACCCUUUGACAUGUGUGCCAUCAGUAAAAAUGAUCUGAAUAUCUACCAAAAUAGUGAACUAACUCCUGGCGACUCCAGAUUCAGCAAAGUUGUGUCUACUGCUUCAAAAUCAAGUGUGCGUUGCGUGUUGGGAGCAAAAUGCGCCGCGUCCCUAGCGGACCGACGCCGCGCCAAGCUACGCCACGCCCUACUCGGCGGCCAUUAAGCUCUCCCUGCCGCAUUGCAUGCUGGAAAUUUACACUGUUAUUACGACUGUCUCAUUCAUCAAGACGAUGGGAUGAGCUUGAAACUAGUUGCAAGCAUGUACAUGAUGCAAUUUACAACAUUUAAUUACAAUCUAAAUAGGAUCUACGAGUUUAUCUACUUCAUGCAGUUCGUAAAUCAACGCAGGAAUUAAAAUUGAUAUGAUGGCAAAACAUUGCUUUACAUCUUUACAAUGCCAGGUUUAUUUUCUUUUACACAAAAUUGAUUUUGAGCUAGCAGAGCGCUAAAAAUCGAGCAUUAAUCAUGUGCAUUUGGUAUUUCUGCGGUGUGGUCGAGCGUGCAAUCGUAAAUCGCGGACGUCAUAAAUCGUCCGCAGCUCCGAGCGUCGGUCUCCCGGAUAAAGUCGGCAUUGUGUGAUUUAAGCUCGUUGAAUUAUGCAAGUCGCUGUGUGUGUAAAUUUUGCUCGUUCUCAUUGCUUUUGCGCUUUGCUCAGCGAAAGGAAAUUUAACUUUCAAACAGUUUUCAUGCAUUCCGCGAUUAUUUACAGUUUCCCUCAACCUUCAAAGCUUCAAAAUUGUGUAAACAUAUUUCAACGGUUUUUACUCUUUGUUGAUGGGUAGAAGGUGUAAAACAAUUAUCGCUUUGUAGGUUUUGUAAGCACCUAUAGAAUGCGGUGAAUGUGUUUGACAAUCGGCGAUUAAACGAGUGUAAACGACGUUAGAAAAACUCGGGCAAUAAUUGUUUACGUGCCGGCGCAUUUCGCCAGAGUUAACUAUACCGACGUGCAGCGACGCAUAUCGGUGGCAGUUAUUUUUUUUCUGCCGCUGUUUUCCGUCCGGCUUCCUCUUGCGGAGGUGCCGAUUUACCAUGUUGUUUAUUAAACGUGCCGCUGGCUGCCCUAUCGGCACUAUUGCCGUCGCGCGCGAAACGUCAUGUACUUUCUUCGCGGCGCGCUUCUGUGCGACGCGCAAAGAGAAGAAACACUCGUCGCCGACGUGCAAGAAGUGCGCGGCACGCCGAACCUCUCGACCUUACGACGAACUUUACGACUAAUAAAAAGCCGCUUUACGACAUUUUAACGCGCCGUUACCACUUUUACUAACUACUAACAAGCCUCAUUACGAUACUGGCAAUGGGCACGUUUACGUACUACGAUAUUGCUCCACGCGCGCGCUCCUCCCGCCGAAACGGCGCUUCUUGCCACCCCUUUUUGCCAUUUUCCAAGCGCCGCCGUGUGUAGCUUCAGUUUCACGCAUAAUGCGCCGCAUAGGCUCGAGAUAACAGCCUUGCGAAGCAAUGUCGUGAAGCAGAUCAACAAUAACGAAGGAAACACACAGGAAAACAACACGGCGGGCCCAAAAAAAGACCUAUAAUAAGCAAAGGCGAGGAGCAUCAUCGAUGGAGACCCGAUCCGUUUUUAUUACCGUUAUAGGCACUCGAUACCCGCCAUCACGGAACGGGUUUCCUUUCGGCAAUCGCGCUAUCUAGAACAAACACCGAGAGAACCCUCCAACGUUAUUUUUUGGGCCGGCGGAUCGCUUUCAAUUUCUUUUCUGUUUGUCGACUGGAGGCCUGUCAGCUAACCUGACGCGCGAUGAGGUCUUUUAUUUUUCCCUCGUCGACGCAGCGUCCAAAAAUGGAAAAAGCACCAACUAUGCCAAAGUGGAACGACGUCGAUCAGGGGCAGAGGAAGAUGUUUUUUUUUUCUUCGAGAAAUGAACGCCUGCACAAACAGAGCGAUAACCAAGUUCUCACGAUAACUAGGUAUAAAAAUAAAUGCGAGGACAAGAAACUGAAACUAAACUAAUACAAAUAAUAAGAGUGAGAUCAAGAAAUCAAGAGAAUAAAGGCCUUGGUUUUCAAGGUACAGAAAAAUCACAUAAAAUAGGAAGAUAUAUUUUGGCGAACGCAAACAAUCUCAAUCAUCACUUAGAUUUAUUAAAGUAAAAUUUAUUUUUAGAAUCACGUACGAGAUUGAAAUUAAAUAUUUAAUUUGUUUUUCUAGUUUAUCAUGAAACUUUUUAUUUGUUUUUUGUUUAUUGAUUUUGGGUCGAUUUUCUUAUCUUGAAUAAAAAUAAUACAAGCGAAUUCGAAUUCGUGCCUGUGAUUAUAUUGCUUGCGAUAGAGAACGUUUGACAUAGUAAUUUUCCAAAACGUUAACAUGUAAGACAUUUCAAAUAUCCAAUGCAGUGAAUACUCAAAACAAGCGCCCUUUUAUUAAGAAGCCAAGAUUUCAUACACUUUCGUAAAGCUUCACGCGCUUCACAUGCUGAUGAUGUGUUUCGUGUUUCAUGUUGCCUGCGUUCAAUGAGACGAUUGGCCGCUUCGAGCAAUGUGCUGAUUCGAGUCCAAGAUGCGCGCAGCAACGCAUGAAAACACCAAAACACCUUAAUUAACUUCAUUACAGAAAAUAACAGAAUGCGUAUUUUCAUCAUACAUUAUUAUUACCUACUACUUUUCUUCAAGCUAGUUAUACUUAAUACUUAGAUAUAGAUAUGUGUUAUUUUGUUACAAUAUAAAGUUUUUCUAUUUUAGAAUUUGUAGCCUGGUGGUGUUGGUGGAACGUGGGGCGUUUGCGCGGCGGCGAAACGAUUUCGGUGGCUCGUUCCGUUGGUCGUUCGCAGCGUGCGCCAACGACUUCUUAUUGACCAUAAAACUACCAUUGUAUUGAUUGUAAAUGUUUUUCCGCGCAUUCGGUGCGCGUUGCUUCACGGCCUGCGCGCAGAACCAGUCCUCAUCGGGCUUGCGCCCGGCGAACGAUCCGACCCCGCUCGUUUCCAACGCCUGCGUGUCCAACUUCUGCUAUUCUUCCAUGAGAGGCGCCACUACCCUUAACACUCAUCCCAUCAUCCAUGAAAAUCUUGAAUAUAAUCUGAAAUUCAAACGUUUUAAAAAUCUCUAAAUCUUUAUAAAAAUUUCUAGGUUAGUUUAUGCUACUUGAACGCAAUUUCAACAAAUGCCAGCAACACGUGCCCUCCUCACUCAAAAGCCUCAGAGCUUUCACAGUUGCCGUAGUAAAAUCGACAUUUUACGACUUGUGUAUACUAGACGAAAAUAAAAUGAAAAUUUUGAAGAA